GAAAAUUGACGAAAUUGAAGAAAUUUUGGGUCCAUCGCGGUUGACAACAUGUACUUCUCCGAGGCAUUCUCGCAGAGCACAAACUCUCUGCGUCUCUUUCUUGCUCUUUUCUCCCUCUCCCCUUUCUUUUUCCCUCUUCUUCUCCUGCGUAUUUCUUCGGGCUUCCUUUGUUUUUGCUUCUGUUAUAAUUUUUUCUUUCCCAAUCAACAGUUCACGUUCGAAAACGCAUCCUCUGGACCAGGAACCGGUCUCCCCUAACACGUCCUGGUACGUUUUCUCUCUUUCUUUCUUCUCCCUAUCUUCGCUCCCACUCUCUUCUUCUUUCCCCGUCAACGUUCACACCCACCCCUGCACCAAAUUCUGUUGCCCUUCUCUCUCUCUCUCUCUCCUCCCUUUGCCACCCCCCUCAACUUCGCCUCUCCGCCUGCUUCCCUUUCUCUUCUUUACGCUUUCGAUCUUCGUGGAUUCUACUCAAUUUCCGCCCCUCACCUGCGUCUGUUUCGGUACUAUUUACUUGCAUUCGAUUCUUCUUCUGACAUUGCCAUUCUUCCCCUUCUUCGGUUUCAUUUUGGUAAAGUUAGUCUGCGUUGCCAGACCUCAUGGUACUCUUUCUUUCCCAGUUUGUAUCUUUAGCUGCCUUUCGCUUUCCCGAUUCGUUGUUAGGUUUCUUUCGUUCCUCUUCUGGAAUGCGUGGAUCUUCCCGGGAGCUUCUUAAAUGAUUUUGAGGGAUAUUGUGUUUCCUUUUCAUCUGCCCUUGUCUUUAUCCCCCUUUUAAGGAGUUGGGUUACGCUCCAAUUUUGGUGAGGUGGUCUAGUUCUGGCUGAAAGCAAAUUUCAUUGCUUUGCCCGCCAGGUGUUUGAUUUGGUGCGCCUGAGAGGUGAUAGCGAUUUGAUUUGAUUUUUUGUUUCAAUGCAAUUCAAAGUUUGCUGUGUUGUUUUUGGAUCUCGCCGUCGCCGAACUGUUCUCUUCCUCUUCCAAUCCGUUUCCCGUAAGUCCUGCAUUCCGUAAAUUUGAUCAGCUUACUUUCCCGUGGGGAAUUUCCUUUUUGUCAAAUUCUAUAUCAGGGUAUUGAUGUUGGGAAAACGGGGUAAGUGCGGUUCAUCAGAAUUUUCUCAUUUUUAAAGCCUUGCCUUACAUGCCUACAAAUGAGCCUGCAAUGCUAUUGUAUCCCUUUCUUCCUCUCUUUGCUUCUCGUUGUGUUUGUUUCUGAGUUGAAGCUCGAGCUUGGAUUUUUAGGUUGACCUUUACUUUUCUGUCCCCCUUCUCCCUUUUCUGGGUUUGAUGGCUCUUCUGUGGAUCUGGAAGCUGCUUCCUUUUAGUUCCACUUAUUUGAGAUGUUUUCUGUUUCUCCUUUCAUCCCCAGAAGAGUAACUUUCGAUGCUUUUUUGGUAGUCAGUUUUUCUGUCUCUCUGUUCAAUGAUUUGGGGCCCAGCUCUUCCUUUUGAAUUUGAAUCUGCUCUCCUCAUUUUAAUCAUUCCCUUUCUUGUUUUACAUAAAUUUGUUGCUUAUGGUUUGGCUUUCCGUUUGCUGCUGCAGACUUGAAGCAAGAGAUAUUGCCUGGAUAGUGUCCGUCAGAGAUUUUGUCGUGCCUCAUAAAUUGGCAGAACAGAGGCGUCAUUUGGAUUUUGCUGCUGAGAGGUUAGGAGUGUGCGUCUUCUCCAGAUGCAAAGUAUUGGAAGGACCAGAACUCAGUCUAGGCCCAGUAGAUCUGUGAAUUUAGGAGGCAUGGACUACCCAGAUCCCAAAAGGAAGAGAAACUUCGUGGGAAAGGUUGCUUUGGCCGCUAUCUUGACGACUGUGUGCAUACUUGUUCUCAAGAAAUCCUCAUUCAACUACACAUCCCCAUUCUCAUUACGUGAACAAGGAGUUACUCAUGUUCUUGUCACCGGUGGAGCUGGCUAUAUCGGUUCACAUGCUACAUUACGUCUUCUGAAAGAUGGUUACAGGGUGACCAUUGUUGACAACCUUUCUCGUGGGAACAUUGGUGCAGUUAAAAUCCUACAAGAACUGUUCCCAGAGCGUGGGAGGCUUCAAUUUAUAUAUGCCGACUUGGGAGAUGCCAAAGCGGUUAACAAAAUAUUUUCAGAGAAUGCUUUUGAUGCAGUGAUGCAUUUUGCAGCUGUUGCAUAUGUUGGGGAAAGUACAAUGUAUCCUCUUAAGUAUUACCAUAAUAUUACAUCAAAUACCUUGGUGGUGUUGGAGUCGAUGGCCAGGCAUGAUGUGAGGACUCUGAUAUACUCUAGCACAUGUGCAACCUAUGGGGAACCUGAAAAGAUGCCUAUAACUGAAGAAACAACACAGGUCCCCAUCAAUCCCUAUGGAAAAGCCAAAAAGAUGGCAGAAGACAUGAUCCUUGAUUUUUCAAAGACAUCAGACAUGGCAGUUAUGAUUUUGAGAUACUUCAAUGUAAUUGGGUCAGACCCAGAAGGCAGAUUAGGGGAGUCUCCACCGCCUGAGCUGCGUGAGCAUGGAAGGAUUUCUGGUGCUUGUUUCGAUGCAGCCCGCGGAAUCAUGCCAGGGUUGAAGGUUAAAGGAACAGACUACAAGACACAUGAUGGGACAUGUAUAAGAGAUUACAUUGAUGUAACUGAUCUUGUGGAUGCUCAUGUGAAGGCUCUGGAAAAGGCCGAACCCGGUAAAGUUGGAAUCUACAAUGUCGGCACAGGGAAAGGUAGAUCAGUGAAAGAGUUUGUGGAGGCCUGUAAGAGGGCAACUGGAGUGGCCAUCAAGGUUGAUUAUUUGCCACGCAGGCCUGGGGACUAUGCUGAGGUGUACAGUGACCCUACUAAGAUCAGGAAUGAGCUGAACUGGACGGCACGUUACACUGACCUGCAAGAGAGUUUGCAGGUUGCAUGGAGAUGGCAGAAGGCUCACCGAGACGGGUAUGGGACCCCUUCAGUGAUGGCUUCUUGAAGCACUCCCACUCAGUCGAGCAGCACUUGCAAUACAAUGGGUAGCAACAUGUAACUUCAAAGAGAUAACCCUCUCCUCCAUACCACAGCACCAACCUGGGUUGCAAUGCUGUUUAUUCGUCAUUUCUCUUAGAGCAGAGGAGGGGUUCUCUCUCAAUUGGGAGGAGAGGCUUUUUUAUUCCUAUAUUUUUUUCCUAAAUUUUUUUUUUUUUAUACUUGGUGUCAUGCGAUUUACAUAUAGAGAGAAGGAGAUGUAGGAGUUGCCGAUUCAUUACUUGUACGGGAACAGGUAAUAGUCUAAUAAUACGAUGAUGAUGCUUAUGUUUCCUCAGGCUCAUCCAAUAUAUAAUAGGUCUUCUACAGUUCAUUCUGCAUCCAUCUUCUCCUUGUUUAUUCACAAACAGAAAUGGCAGUGAUGACAAUGGCUACAGGGACGUAGAUAUAAACUAUUUGUUGUCCUAAAGGCGGGAUUCUAUGUAGAAGCGUAUUGGUGAGUUAGAAGCGUAAAAAUGUUAGCUCUUAAGUUGUAAUGCGUAGAUUGUGACUUCAUUUGUAAGUGAAAUGCGUUAUUCUACGUAGAAGCGUUUUGGUGACCUAUAAUUGUAAAAGUGUAAACUGAUAAGUUGUAAAACGUGAUUUUGAAUACAUUGGUCCUAUCUUU